AUGGUUUUUAAGGAUGGUAAUCUAGCCGUGCGGGAGUUAAGCUCCAAGCGCUACAAGGAUCGCGAUGAUGAGGAUAUGGCCAGGGCUGGCAAGAAGCAACGCUUCGAGCGAAACUUCGGCUUCUUGUCGAUGUUGGGAUUUACUACAACGAUGAUGUGUACCUGGGAGGCAGUUCUCUUCUGUAACGCAAUCGCGAUGGCUGAUGGAGGACCCGCAACUCUCCUCUAUGGAUUCUUAUUUUGUUGGGUCGGUGCACUCGUGACAGCGGCUUCUCUGGCCGAGAUGGCCUCAAUGGCUCCUACUUCCUCCGGUCAAUAUCAUUGGGUGUCAAUGCUCGCACCAAAGGGACAGGCAGUUUUCCUUAGUUGGGUGACCGGAUGGCUGGAUUUGAUCGGAUGGUGGGCCAACACAGCUGUGGGUGUUUAUUUCGGCGCAACCGUCACACAAGGUCUUCUUGUGUUGAAUUACCCCUCCUAUGACCUCCAGCGCUGGCAUGGAACCUUGUUGUGCUUUGCCGGUCUGGUUGUCUGUGUCCUUGUCAACUCCGUAGGAGCAAAGCUUCUUCCUAAGGUGGAAGGUCUCAUUUUGAUCCUUCAUAUCAUGGGCUUCUUCGCCGUCUUGAUUCCUCUUGUUUAUCUGGCCCCCCACAAAGACGCAUCGUAUGUCUUCGCUACGUUCCAAAAUGAUUCAGGUUGGUCAAGCAACGGCUUGGUUUGGUUGAUUGGUCUUAUGGGAACCAACCUCCCCUUUAUCGGUUAUGAUGGUCCCUGUCACAUGGCUGAGGAAGUCAUCAACGCUUCAGUUACUGUGCCCUGGUGUAUGAUCGGCACAAUCUUGCUCAACGGUACACUUGGAUUUGCCAUCGUUGUCACCUUCCUAUUUUGCAUCGGCGAUGUCGACGCCGCCUUGGGCUCCGACACUGGGUACAGCUAUAUCGAAGUUUUUUACGCCGCGACCAAAUCUCACGCUGGAGCAACCGUGAUGGCCGCCAUCCCCGCCGCCCUCGUUAUCUGUGCUUCUUUCGGAUUCUUAGCAUCAUCAUCCCGUCUCACCUGGGCCUUUGCGCGAGACAAGGGUCUCCCGUUCUCGGACUUCCUCUCCCACAUCACUCAUUUGAAAAUCACUGGCUCGGACCUCCCAAUCCGUGCAGUUCUCCUUUGUGCAGUCAUUACAGGCAUUAUCUGUAUCAUCAACAUUCCUUCAAGUGCGGCGUUCAACGCCAUGAUCUCAUUGACUACAGCCGGUCUUUUCGCUUCAUAUGAAAUUGCAAUUGUGCUCAUGUUCAUGAAGAAAGUCAAGGGAGAAAAGGUAGCCUACGGUCCAUGGACCCUAGGCCGAUGGGGAAUUCCCAUCAACAUCGCAGCAAUCAUCUUCCUGACUAUUGCUAUCUUCUUCUCUUUCUUCCCCCAGGGACUUCCAGUUACUCCGGUUAACAUGAACUGGUCUAUCGUUGUGUUUUCAGGCGAGUUCUUCCUUGGUCUUGGUUGGUACUUGAUCUACGGGAGGAAGAUCUACAACGGCCCUAUUAUUGAGGCUGGUGUGGGUAGUUCAGAAGAGCAGUACACCAUUUCCUCCCAGGAGUGA